AUCUCCGAUAAGUCGGAAAUCCACACAAGGUAAGAGAAAGAAAAAAAGUUCGAGCCGUUUGUGAGUGCUCUGCAUAUGAAACGUGUGCCUCUAGUAGUCGUAGCAGUACUAGCAGUCUUCACUGGAAACCGAUCGUUGGGAACCCGAUAAUCGAACGAAAGAUAGAAAGAAAUCAUGCAUAAGAACGGACCACCGCCGCCUUACGAACCACCACCUUACGCACCGCCUGCUUAUUCUCAGAAUGUAGGAGGUGUUCCUCCAGCUAGUCCAUUUACACCAGCACAAACUUAUGCAAAUGGGCCUACUAUAGUCACAACUAUUGUCCCAGUUGGACCACAGCCGACUCAUACAAUUUGUCCACACUGCCAUGCUGAAAUAGAUACGGUGACAAAAACUGAACCUGGCAUGAUUGCUUAUAUUUCGGGUGUUAUCAUAGCACUGUUGGGAUGUUGGUUUGGUUGCUGCUUGAUUCCCUGUUGUAUAGAUGAGUGUAUGGAUGUUCAUCAUACCUGUCCCAACUGUAAAGCUUAUUUGGGUCGUCAUAGAAGAUAAAUGGAUUGCAUCCACACGUUGCAUUUGAAUGUUGAAAUGUCUACAAUACCACCAAUGUAAUUAUGUACUAAACUUGAAUUUGAUUUUAUACAUUUUAGGGAACACCUCUAUAUAAAAGAAAAAAAA